AUGGAGUCAACAUCAGAGAGAAAGGUCUCAUCGGCAUCGGCGAUUGCAAAUGACCGCAAGCGUGCGAAGAUUGACGACCAUGCCGUCACUGGAGCCGGAGAGAUUACUCUGCGCCAGUCGAUUGUACCAGUCUGCUUGGUUACGGUUCUCUUUUUCAUGUGGGGUUUCGCAUAUGGCUUACUGGAUGUUCUGAACUCUCAUUUCCAAGUAGCUUUAGACAUCAGCCAGGGACAAUCUGGUGGCUUACAAGCAGCAUAUUUCGGUGCCUACUUCAUUGGUCCAUUGACGUACUCCGGAUGGAUUGUUCGAAAGUUUGGUUACAGAUGGGCAUUCAUCUUUGGUCUUUGCGUUUAUGGUGUUGGUGCUUUGAUGUUCUGGCCAUCAGGAGUGAAGCGAUCUUUCCCAGGUUUCUGUGGUUCCAUGUUCAUCGUCGGAAGUGGACUUUCUACCCUCGAAACGGCAGCAAACCCUUUCAUCGCCACCUGUGGUCCACCAAGAUACUCUGAGAUCCGUUUGACUCUCGCACAAUCUUUCCAGGCAGUUGGAACCGUUGUCGCUCCAGUUCUCGCUUCUCAAGUCAUCUUCAAGAAUGUCGACGAUACCUCCCUGGAGAGUGUCCAAUGGGUGUACCUUGGCAUCGCCAUCUUUGUCUUCCUCCUCGCAAUUGUCUUCUUCUUCGCACCUAUCCCUGAAGUCACAGAUGCCGAUAUGGCCAAUCAAGCCGAACAAUCCGCUCAGGAUACCGAUUACGAAGAUAAGCCCCUCAGCAAACAGUUCACCCUGUUCUAUGGAGUGGUCGCUCAAUUCUGCUACGUAGGAGCUCAGGUCGCUUAUGCCGGUUACUUUAUCAACUAUGUCCGCUGGAUCAAACCCGGUACCUCACACGCAACCGGUUCCAACCUCCUUGCUGGCGCUCAAGGUUGUUUCGCAGUUGGCCGAUUCGCUGCUUCCGGUCUUCUCAAAUUUACAAGACCUAGAUUCGUUCUUAUGGGCUUCAUUACUGGUGUUGUCAUCUUCGCAGCGAUGGCUAUUGGCGCUAAGGGCAACGCCGGUCUCGCAGCUAUUUUCCUGGUUCUCUUCUUCGAAUCCUGCAUCUUCCCUCUGAUAUUCACGCUCUCCCUUCGUGGAUUAGGUCGACACAGCAAACGUGGUGCGUCAUUCAUCGUCGCAGCCGUGUCUGGUGGAGCUUUGUUCCCACCUGUUCUCGGUGCCGUCGCUGACGCGCUUGACGGAAACACUCAACAUGCAUUCUUCAUUCCUCUUAUUGGUUUCUGUAUCGCCUUCACCUUCCCAGUCUACUUGAACGUCUUCAAGGCUAAGAGUUUGGAUGCUUGGACUGAUAAGGUUAAGGUGGGAAUUGAGGAGGCGCCAAAGGAUAUUGAGAGUUUGGGAGAGGACGAGAAGUCGCCUGUUCAGACUAUUGAGAAAGUCUGA